AUGAAGCGAUGCAUCCAUGACGGCAUUCCCACAGGAUCAGCACUACAUCAUAGAUUACAGUUACCUCCAGAUUGCAAAUGGUGUGGAGAGCAGGAAACAGUUCUACAUCUUCUUUUCUUAUGCCCCUUUACAAGACAUAUUUGGUUUCAAUGCCCUCUGAAUUUCAGGUCAACAUGGGGAACACAUACAAGUUUUGCACAGCAUUGGAAAGCAACGAUAUCACAAUUAAAAGAGAUUGGCUCCAGCUCUCAAGAUAUCUCUUUGUACUGCUUCACCUUGUGGCACAUUUGGAAAACAAGAAACAAUCUCAUCUUUAGGGAAGAAGAACCAACAAUUGAAGACACAAUACGAUACAUCAUAACGGACGCAAAUGAAUUCGAGCAGUCCCAGAUUAAACAUCACAGUGUACCUCGACGGAAUCAAACCUUCCAGUCACCACAGUCUACUGCCAAUAUCAUACCUUCAGGCUUCAUGAAGUUGAACUAUGAUGCAGCGGUUGACAUCCAGAAGAAACGAGGAUUUGUUGGAAUAAUAGCUAAAGAUGACCAUUCCAUCCAAAGAGAAAAAAUUUCGGCGCAAUUCAGAUUUAUCUGGGAUCCGGGGAUUUUGAAAAUGCUAGCACUUCGGGAAGCGAUGAAUUGGGCCAUUUCACAACAUUGGAAGAAAGUUAUUUUUGAAGGUGAUGCUCUUCAAGUAUCCAACAUCAUCAACUCGAGGCAGUGUUCUAAUGCGGCCUUACAGGGUAUUUGUGAAGACAUUUGGUAUCUACAAAAUUCCUUCAUUACAACUUCAAUCCAAUAUAUCCCUCGUACCCAAAAUUCAGAAGCACACAACUGGGUACAAGCAGUGAAACAUGGUAUCCUUUAA